CUCCGAGCUGAUUCCAACAACCUCGCGGUGCUUGCGCAGCGACCCAUUGGUAGCACGCUUCUGGGUCCAAAGUGGGUCGUUGUUGGACAGUGUAGAGUCGUUGUCGUCAUCAAACAUGCCGACCAGCGAUAAUGCCGGGGGGCGCGGCCACGGCUUGACUACUGAGGCCAGCUCUGCAUACUCGUCAGCCAGCUUCAGCGAGUUCGCAUGGUAUCCGUUUGCCUGUGAGCGCAGUCUCAGAUACUCUGAGCGCAAAUCUUCGUCCGACUGCCUUCUCAGUCAGCGGGGAGCCGGGCACUGCCGGCGUUGUGCUUGCUGUCAGCGACGGCUGAAUACCCAGCGAUGCGCGCGCCGACUGCUGCAAACAGAUUACCGAGCUGAUCCGGUGCUUGAGCGACAGCUCCUGGUCGCGGAUCUGCUUCGCAAUGCGCAGCCAGCUUCUCGUGCACAGCUGUCUCCUCCUUCAGCGUGUCGCGCUCGGUACUCAACUCUAGCAGCAGCUGCGCUGCAUACUCGGAAUCGUCAUCAAGCGCCUUGCGCUGGGCCUCGUGCUCCUUGCGCAUCUCGUAGGUGGUUGCGUUGAUGAUAUCGAUUGCCCGGUUGGUAACUACAUCGUAGCGGCUCAACGGUAGCCUGCCCCGACCCUGCACAGAGGCGUCAUUGCAUCCGAUGGCUGAAAUAGACGGGAUCCUCUGAGGACCAGACGCUGCGCUCCGUGGCUGAUCAGUGCCGCUCUGCGGAGUGUUCUUGUUCUGAUGGAUCGGCGGGAUCGGCGGUAACACCGACGACUUACCGGGUUUGUGUCUG